AUGGACCCUCCCAAGGCCUCUACGACGGAAACUGAAGUCAAGACUUAUCCUUUCGACGACGGCGGUAGCGAUGAAGAAGAUGAGAAACCUACGAAGGCAAAAUUGAAACCCUCGAAUAAGGGCUCAGGAUUGUUCGCAGUUUUGCCUCCACCGAGCCAAACCGUUUUCGAGAAUAAUAAGCCCAAGAAGCCGGCAACGUCACUUGUCCCGCAAUCAGUUCUCAGACCUCGACCUCCCGCUCCGAAACCAGGGAAGCCUAAGGCAUUGCCAGUGCAAGAUUCACGCGAAGACUCUGACGACGAGGUUGAAUGUGUUGAAGAGGAGGACUUUUUCGGCUUCAACGCAAAGGAUCCGAUUCCAAUCAUACCGAUUUUACCCACCGAGACUCUCUUAGUCGAUUCGUGUGAAAGGGUUCGAGAAGCGGAAAUUGAACUAGAGGAACCCGACGUAAUACCGGACGGGGUUGUCCAUGCGGAACAGAACACUGGUGAUGUGCUGCCGUCCGGCUCCAAUCUUCUGGAAGAUGAGGAUGCAUUACUGAAGCUGCAAGGAAAACGCGGGAUGAUGAAGGAGAGUAUCGACCUGAUCGAAGUCAAUGCCGAAAGCCAUCUUCCGAGUUCGCAAGAUUGGAUGACGAAACAGUUAUCCUUGGAGCAGCCGUAUCAACCUCCUCCGGAGAAGAAAUCUGCGAACAUGCCGGGUCGACACAAACAUCAAAUCACCUUCCUUGCGCAACAGGCGAAAGAAAGGGAGCUAGAACUGAAGAACCAGUGGUCGCAAAAUCGAUUCACACGGCGGCAGACGCAGUCCAAGUAUGGGUUCUAG